UCCUGAGUACAUCAGCAGUUAUGACAGCCUCCAUCUCCUCAGCUCCAUCCCCCAUCAGCAAAAUCGCCUUUUUACUCAUCUCUGUGACAAAUAAUCUGACUCCACCAAGUUCAACCGAUUUUUUAACCCCUAGAUCUCGUCCAAUAGCACUCGAGAGAGAAUAUCGAAUGAUCUUCAAGAGCAUUCAGGCCAAUUUAGUCGCAAUAUGAUUCCCUAACCUCUCGCGUAACUGCGUAAUUAUUCGGGAGAUAUAGUUUUGUUUCAGCUGUACAAAUUUAUUGAGCGGAUGGCUGGCAACGUUAUUCUGCCUUCUAGACUGAUUGGCCUGAGGCUCAUCAGCACCACUGCUCUUAGGAAUACUCCUGUCAAGCUGGCGUACACCAUUUAUGAUCAAGAUACUCCGAAGGAUCAGAAACCGGAAAAACCUCCAGUUCUGGUGAUGCACGGUCUCUUCGGCUCUCGAAAUAACUGGAAUUCGCUGUCAAAAGCUCUGAACCAAUUGACAAAACGAAGAAUAAUCACCAUCGAUGCCAGAAAUCACGGAGAGUCACCUCACACCCCAGAGAUGACGUAUCAAGACAUGGCAUGGGACAUUCAACAUCUGUUGGAAAAAUUGAACAUCAAGGAGACUGUUCUCAUGGGACACAGCAUGGGAGGAGCUGCUGUCAUGCUCACAGCCCUCACAUACCCCUAUUUAGUCGAGAAAUUGGUCGUCGUGGACAUGUCUCCAGUUAGAAUGAGUCCGAGUCUUCAGGAGAUGUCGCUCAUCAUGGCUGCCAUGAGUUCUAUUGACUUUAAGGGAGUGCAGAGUCUCUCUCAGGCAAGACAACACACAGACCAAGCCCUCUCCACAACCAUUCACUCUCCAACCCUUCGGCAGUUCCUAGUAAUGAAUAUAACGGAGGAUCCACCAGGAAAUUUCAGAUGGCGAGUGAAUCUCCCGGUGUUGAUAGAACACUUUCCCACCCACAUCGCACAAUUUCCCACGAUACUCCCUCGAUUAGGUGGAAAGACGUUCACCAAGCCAACGCUGUUCAUCGCUGGAGGGAAGAGCGAUUACAUACAGAGGGAGGAUCAUCCGGGAAUGAAAAAACUCUUCCCCAAUGCUGAUUUUGUUUACAUAGAGGAUGCUGCUCACUGGCUGCACGCUGAAAAACCUGCCGAGUUUCUCAAGAGCUCUUCUGAUUUUAUCAAUUCAUAAUUAACGUCCCGAUGCAAUUCUAGAGAAAUUCUUUAGGGGCGAGAAUUAUAUUUUAUCUGUAUGAAAACGUCAUUAAAGAUAUUGUCCUGGGUGGAAAAUUGUGUAAUUGUGCAUUUCUUCAGAAGGAGUUGAGUUAGAGUCAGGAUAACAACUAUUAUUGAGCUUCAUUGGAAAUGUAGCUUGAUUUAUUGAUUUUUUAUGUGAAAAAUCAUGAUGAUUGUCUCAAGUUUUGCCUUAAAUUGAGACUCCAGUUAAAAAUUAUGUGGAUUAUCUUUGGAUGUUACAAAUUCAUAAUUAACGUCCCGAUGCAAUUCUAGAGAAAUUUUUUAGGGAUGAGAAUUAUAUUUCAUCUGUGUGAAAACGUUAUUAAAGAUAUUGUCUUGGGUGGAAAAUUGUGUAAUUGUGCAUUUCUUCAGAAGGAGUUGAGUUAGAGUCAGGAUAACAACUAUUAUUGAGCUUCAUUGGAAAUGUUGCUUGAUUUAUUGAUUUUUUAUGUGAAAAAUCAUGAUGAUUGUCUCAAAUUAUGCCUUAAAUUGAGACUCCAGUUGAAAAUUAUCUGGAUUAUCUUUGGAUUUUACAAAUUCAUAAUUAACGUCCCGAUGCAAUUCUAGAGAAAUUUUUUAGGGGCGAGAAUUAUAUUUUAUCUGUAUGAAAACGUCAUUAAAGAUAUUGUCUUGGGUGGAAAA